UACGUCACUGCCUAUACUCAUAUCGAGCAUUUCAAUCCUGUGAGUGGUGUUAUUCAUAGGCCACUUUUUAUGUUACACUCUCAAUAAAGAUAAAAGUUUGAAAAACGUGCACGAUGGCACAUAAUCAUAAUAUUGUGUGUAUACCUAAUAAUAUGAAAUAGAUUUUUUUUUCCGAGAUCGUCGUCGCGUCGAGUGUUUUGUUUUUCCGUACAAACAAAUAAAAGUCUUCGACGAAUACUGAUUAAUGAUAAUAAUAUAUUGGUAUUAAAAUUAUUAUACGCGAGUAAACAAUAUUGUACAGUAAUAUCAUGUCACGGCUGUCGAUGCCGACGAUCGCUUUCUUGGCGUUGGCAUUGCAGAUCGUUCUGCUACGGUCGGCCGACGGUACGUCGAGAACCGACGUCGACGAUCAUGUCAUGCAGCGCGACACCCGGAUACCGGAUCUUUGGGUAUCCGAUCUGUUUUACCGGGCGUUGGCCAACUUCAUGUUGCGACAAGCGGCUGGCACAAAAUGCCGUCGUCAAACCGCCGUGUAUGGGAUGGAUUUGGGCAAUCACACCAGUUUGGCCGUCAGAAGAGUCAGUGAUGGCGUAUUUACAGGGACAGAUGAAGACAUAAAUCUGCUUUCGAGCCCCAUUUUUUUUCCACACGUGAUAUUACAUUAUAGUACGAUUAUAUUAGAUUAUAAAAGGUGUUAAUAAAACUUACAAUGUGAAAUGCACGCGUCUUAUGUGAACACGCUACUUUGGUCGAGGUAAAAAAAUAGAAAUAAAAAAUAGGAAGGGUUGUUUAAGUGGGUAAACCUCUGCUUCACAGUAGGUAUCGAGUAGAUCUCAGAGACUCAAGCACAGAGUAGGUCACUAAAAUUAGGGUGUACAAUUUGAAUGUAAUAAUAAGCGAGGAAAAUUUUGUGUUGAAUUUUUGAACAUUAGAUAUAAAUACUUAACAUUUUAUAAAUUUUUAAUUACAAAAUUGCUUUCAAAUUUGCAUGAUCUUGACAUAAUAUUAUUUCGUAAAAAGUUGAACUUAAAAACGUAUUUUGUACACAUUAUUCAAUUAAAAUAAAUAAAAAUACGAUUUUAUCAUUUGUAUAUUUUAGUUAACUAUAUUAUGUUAACGAUUACAGUUAUACCUUAACGGACCAUCUAUACUAUUCACUGGUUUUAACAACCAGUGAAUAGUAUAGAUUAAUCGGUAUAAUUGAUACCGAUUGAUAUCAUUAAUGCAAUUUGUUGUUUACUGACUUUAUAUCUCUUAAAUAUAACUUUUAAAAUUAAUUUAUAUUA